AACUCGCGUGGACAUGUUGCUGCCAAGAGUUAUCCGUGCUGUCAUCAUGGGACCCCCGGGGUCGGGGAAAGGAACGGUGUCUGGGCGCAUUACCAAAACUUUUGGACUGAAGCACAUUUCCAGUGGGGACAUUUUGAGAGCCAACAUCAACGCACAGACCGAGCUGGGGCUGCUAAUGAAGUCCUGUAUUGAUCAGGGUCAGCUGGUACCUGAUGACGUCAUGUCUCGUCUCAUCCUGAAUGACCUGAGGGCAACAGAUGGCAGCAGCUGGCUGCUCGAUGGUUUUCCGCGUACAGUGUCCCAAGCAGAAUCUCUGGAUGGUGUCUACACCUUGGACACAGUUAUCAACCUCAAUGUACCUUUCCAGACCAUCAAGCAAAGGUUGACUUCACGUUGGACUCACCUUCCGAGUGGCAGAGUAUACAACACAGAUUUCAACCCGCCUAAAGUCCCUGGCUUUGAUGAUGACACAGGGGAGCCUCUUUUCCAGAGGGACGAUGACAGACCAGAGACGGUGACACGGCGAUUGAAGUCUUACGAAACCCAGACGGAGCCCGUCUUAGAAUACUACAGGAGUAAAGGUGUGCUAGAGACCUUCUCUGGGACAGAAACCAAUAAGAUAUGGCCACACGUUGAAGUUUUCCUUCAGAGAAAAUUGUCUUCAAUCAAUCAGAAAGUUGUAUAGAAAGCCUGAGAAAAGUUUAUCGACAGAAACCACUGUGUGCAUUGUCCAGUCAAAAUGCCACUUUGCAUUAAACAAAGGGAGUAAUAUAUUCUGAAUGUUUAAAACGGGGAUACCACUCAUCUUAUGUGUACAGGAGUACACGACAGUAAAAUGCCACUUAAAACAAAACAUAAGCUUAGCUUAGUAAUGUUUCCACGAUGUUGACAUUGGUUUUUGAACGUCUCAGGUUGUGUGCAAAAUCUUUUAAACACUAGUUGUUAGACUUUGCACAGAUUGCCUCUUCACUCCAUAGUGUGCCUUUUUAUCAAGUCAGCAGAAAACUGAGUGACUCCAAUAUUAAGGUUAUUAACAGUAAGUGAAGGCUGCGUUUGCAGAGUAGAACCGCUUGACGUGUGCCGGUGAAUGCAGCCAGUUUUUAAGGAAGGUGUAAAGUCUUAGCUUUUCUAAUUAUAAUCAUUACUUCCUUUCUUGUUUGAUUCUGAUGAAUAAGAAUGGGCACACACUAGAAGACUGACUUGUUGUUGUUGUUGUUGUUGUUGUUUUGUUUUUAAAAAACAUGGAAAAAUCCCCUAAAAACAAUAUGGUGGGCUCUUUAUGUUUUUUGCUUUAGCAUUGCUUUUCCAGAACUGCCUUGCUGGGUUUGUUUUCCAUGCACUAGGCAGCUACCCCAAAGGGAAAUGUGCCACAUUCUACAAAUUACUGUAAAUUCACUUUUGCACUCAAGUGCCUUUUGCUGCUUUUGACAAUAAAAGAGGUAGUUAAAUGAAUGUAAAUGAUUUUUAACGUAGUGGACCAGAUUAAAUGAUCAGAUCACAUUUAUUAUGAUAUUUCUUUUCAUUAAUCACAAAAAAGCAUCAUUGUGGAACAGCUUCUAAAGCUAAGUGAUUGCUCUUAAAUUCUGCCAGCCAUUCCUUGCUGUCAUAGACUGAUAUUAGCCAUUUAAUGUGAAUGUGACGACUAAAAAUAUAUAAUUAUACAGUUUGUACAAGGCUUCUGUCUUGUUUGGGAGAUGUUGCAGUACUUAAGUAUCAUCUGCUGUGUUUUUGUUUCUUUUCCCUCUUGUUUUUGCACUCUUUUCUUAAAGUUUCUCGAUAUUGUUAAAAACCACAGAAAUGCAAACCUACCUUGAACUGUACUGUACAGAUCGAUGCAGCGAAUGUUUCCUGUGCGUAUUCCGAAACACUUGAAGAUAAUGUUUGAAGGCGUAUCUCCUUUCAUAGGUGACUCACAACUAUGUUUAUAAAUCAUAAUAAAUGUCUUACCUAGAU